UCACAGAGACAUCAUGCACUCUCUGCUUCCAUUCCUCUGCCUGUUCUCGGUCUGGACAAAGGGAGCAGGGGCCUCGGACCCCGACUUGCCCUUCAUGGAGUACCUGGACCAGAAUCAUUUGGUUUGCCUGAAGUGGGGCUUUGAUAAUCUGCAAGGAAACAUAACAUUCAAGCUGGUGGUCAACACAACGGGCUGGGUGGGCAUUGGCUUCAGUACGAACGGAGAAAUGACGGGGGCAGACAUCGUCAUGGGGGGAGUUGGACCCAGUGGAAGCUACUUUGCAGAUUACCAUGCCACGGGGCAAAUAAUGCCUGUGGUGGACGAGCAGCAGAGCUACACUCUCCUCUCUCUGACUGAGAGCGAAGGUCAAACCAUGAUGACCUUUCAGAGGUCCAUCCAGUCGUGUGAUGACAACGAUUUCCAUAUCACUGCCCAACCCAUUAAACUGAUCUAUGCCUACGGAAUAACAGAUCAGAUCGCUUACCAUGGGGCCCGUAGAGGCACCAAGGAAGUCAACCUGCUGAACUAUAUGCCCAGGUUCACCUCAACCAACCUCAACUACCUCAGCGCCAGAAUGGACAAUCUCGCUGUCCCUAGCAAUCAUACCUACUACCAUUGCAAGGUCAUGAAGCUUGAAAACUUGGAUGUAAAUGCAACAUAUCAUAUCUAUCAGAUUGAACCAGUGGUUGAGCACCCCGACAUCGUGCAUCACAUGCUGCUGUACCGUUGCCCCUCCUUUGUGAAGGAGACGUACGACAAGCCGUGCUACAUGGGUGAGGGGGAUGCCUGCUUCGGGGUGGUGGCUGCAUGGGCAGUGGGAGGAGGGGUAUUUGAGCUUCCAGAAAAUGCGGGUAUUCCUGUUGGAGGUGCGGACAGCAAUACAUUAUAUAGGCUGGAAAUCCACUACAACAAUCCAAACAAGGAAGAAGGUAGGAUAGACAGCUCAGGACUGAAGCUUCACUAUACAGUCCAACGCAGGAAGUAUGAUGUGGGCAUCCUGACAACAGGUCUGAUGCCACAUAACUAUAUGCACUACAACAUUCCUCCAAAAGCCACUCAAUUCCACACCUACGGCGUGUGUAAUACAACUCUCUUUUCUCAGGUUAUGAAUCCUGUGCCUGAAUUGCAAGUGUUUGCUAUUCUGCUGCACACUCACAUGGCUGGGAGGAAAGUCAGAGUGGGCCAUUUCAGAAAUGGAGAGCAGAUAGACUUCUUGGCCGUGAAUGAGAACUACAACUUUGAGCUACAGCAGAGCUUCAGUUUGGGAAACAUCAAGACCAUCAAGCAGGGUGAUGAGAUUGCAGUGGAGUGCACCUACAGUACGACCAAUCGCACUAAAGUCACUAAGAUGGGGUUAGCAACUACUGAUGAGAUGUGCCUGGCCUUCCUAUUCUACUACCCUGCAAUCGAGAUCCACACAUGUGUUAGCCACCCAAAUACAAGGUAUCUAUCAACAAACACAAACUAACACAUGUCUGAGGAUGCCACAACUUCAGAGGAGGAUACAAUUGCUGCGCAGGAGAGUUUCCUAAAGAACCUUCCCCAAUUUCAGUAUGUCGCUGUUGACGGAUACAAAUGGUCUUAUAACCGAAAUGGCACGAUCAGGGAGAUGAUGAAGACACCGACUGUCACUUGUCAGAAACCCAAUGCGGCAAGCAGACUCGGCACUUCCUGGAUUAUACAUUUCGCAGGAAUCAUACUUCUGCCACUCUGGAUUACAAUAAUGUGA